AUGCAAAGUUCUCUGUAUCUGAACGCGGACGUCAACAAGUUUGUGAACGACAGAUACGUAGGUGAUAAAGAGAAACGCAAGUCGCAUUGGGUCGGUUGCAGCCCGGAGACCUACAGUACCACCUGCUCCCCCUGCUGCCGCCAGGAUGGCACUACGUGCUCAACAAGUACGUGUUCCCGUUUCAGUUCUGCCUCGGAAUCAUCGGCAACAUCCUGAACUUGUUCGUCCUGCUGAGCCGCAACAUGCGCAGCGAGGUAGAGACAACGGGAAUCGAGGAGAGUAGAGACGGCUUGUUUUGAGGCGAACAUUCUGCUCUCGGCCAUGGCGAUCAGCGACAUCAUGCUCCUUUUCUCCAUGCUUCCCAUGUCCUUCGGCACGAUGUCGCCUUUUUAUAAUUCCGAUACGUUCAGGUACAGUGUUGGCCAAGAAAGGGCUCGAACAGUUUUAGAAAGCUUCAGUUGUAAGCUUCAAAAUAAUCAUGAUUGAACAAAUUUUGCAAAGCCGUAAAAAAGUUCAAAAGAAGCCGUGCGAAGCUUAAAACUUGACUGAAAGUUCAAUAAACCUGCCUCGUAAACCAGACAUCCGUUCUUCUCUUCGACAAAGAACUCAAAUGAAGCAUCCUUUCCAGGAGAUUCUCAUUAGAAGUCUGGUGACAAGUUAAUUAUCACCAGAAUAGUGUAUCCUUUUUUCAUUCUGAAUCACAUUUCGAUAUAUUCUUGGUGUGAAUCACGACUUUUUACAGGCAACUCUACUACACGUCCCACACCGUCAUCAUCUUCCUCUCCAACUUUUUCUCCUGCAUCACCUCGUGGCUCAUCUUGGCCGUUUCCGUCGAAAGGUUAAUUGGACUGAAGUUUGGCGCAGAAAUAGAGCGAUUGUAACAAAUUUCGGAAGCCAAAGGCAUUUUUUCAAAAGAGGAACUCCGAAAAGGGUCAUAAUUUUGUUACAAGGGUAAAAGCUUUAUCAGAAAGGUUUUCUGGGCGCUUUUUUAAGAGAAAUUCUAAUCGAGGCCGCAAACGGCAAUUAGGAGCUUAUGAAGAAAUAAACUGAAAAAAAAACACUAGAUUUUUUCAUUCGGAAUUUUUGGAAAAUAGAAAGCUAAGUUGCCAUGCUUCAUUAAAAAGAAGGUCGGUUUGAAUAAACGAAUUUUUAAUUUUUUUCAAGUGUCAAUUUCCAAAAAAAUACAAUUUUUGAACUCUUUUUCGCAUUUUUCUCAUGAAUAAUUAGUGAAGAAAGAUCGGCAAAAAGCAAUUGAAAGUUUAAAAAGAACUUUAAAAAAUCUCUAGAUUGUUCAUUUGGACUUCUUCUUUUUUUUGGAAAAAGUGAAAUUGAGUUUUGAUUAUUCAUUUCUUCAUCGUAAAAAAAGAAAAAGCAGAAUUAAGAUACCCUAUUUUUUUCGAAAAAAAAUUUUUGCGAGGUUCAAUUUUUUUCAAUCUCAUUUGUUAAUAACGAAUUUUCUUUUUGAACUAUCAAAAUUUUUCAUGAAUCGCUGUGCCAUAAAUGAGAUAUACUAUGAAUAAGAAGUUUCCUUCAGAUACAUGGGAAUUCGAUCUCCGAUUCAUUUCCGCUAUCAGUGGAGGACGUCGCGCGUCUGCGCCAUUGUCGUUGUCAUAGGUAAAGGUCCUCGGAAAAUAGAAGAGAUUAGGCCAAGAUCUUUUUUUUGUUUCUAUUCUAAGGCUUUUUAUUAAUAUAUCUUGACUCAAAAAGCGUCCAAUGUUCAGGGUAAUCCUAAAAGGUACAACCCUGGGCUCUGAUCUUAGGAUUAUCAUGCAAAAACUAACUGAUCAGACUUGAAGUUCAGCAAAAAAAUUUGAGGGAAUAUGGAAAAGUUUUUUUUUACAAAUUUAUUCGACUUGUGAAUCAGCAUUUUUAUUUAACACUCUUUAAUAAGUCUGUGCGAAAGUCGUUUAUCGUCGGAUGCACCUCGAAACUGUCUUUUCGCAGCUGUUAAUUACGACCAAUUAUUAGAGGAAGCUAGAUAUAAUCAACAAGAUGCGAGUUUAAAAAAAACAAGAACUAUAAUUUACUUGAAAGCAGAAAAUCAUACUUUCGAGUGAAAAAUAACAAGAUUCCAAAUUUUCAGUAGCCGGAUCCUGGUUUCUCACGUUUUUCCACGUUUUCGAAUACAAGUUUGUCAUUUUUCCGUUUUCGUUGUAAAAUGCGAAGUUGAAGGUACGGUAUUACACGAAUUCUCAACGGAACUAAACUUUAUGGGUCGCCGGUCAAUAUCAACAAGGUCCUGAGAAAAAGAUAAAAUAAAAUAUUUGGGUUUUUUCAGCUCACGGAUACAGAACAAUGGGUCAAAACGACGAUCAAAUUGUUAAAAGUCUGCCAGAUUUUCUUCGGAGUUAUGCUGCCCACGAUUGGUAAUGGAAAGACUUGUAGUGGAAAAAUAUAUAGAUGAAUUUAGGAAUCGCCGUGUUGAACCUUCAAAUAAUCAACGUUUUGCGAAAGAGCGAAUUUUUGAUCCGAAGAUCUACAGAAAGCCAAGACGAGUCUGUCAGUGUUAGGUAUGGGGAAUUUUCGUUUAAUUGUAUUACGCGUUUUUAUUUUUCAAACACACCAGAAAAAAAGCUACCGUAAGCACAACUUUUCAUUGGGCUUUCGCUUCGAGAGAAAAGAGGUUCUUGAGAACUCUAGAGUGGUCCCUAUAGGGGAUAAAAAUUUCUCCUAUAUUUUCAAGUCUGGCCCCUGAAGCUCAAGUUGACUUUAAAGGAUCUUUUAAUUUUUUUUUCAGAUUUGUAAGUUGAAAAGAAAAUCUUGAUCAAUUCAAAAGCUUUAGUGGUCUCUAUAGGAGAUGAAGUAGCUCCUAAAGCGGAACCUUCAAAGACCACUCUGGUGUUCCUAAGUAUUAAAGCGAAAUUCGCAUAGAAGGUUUAUGGCUUUUAACUGGAAGUAAAACGUGACAGCUGGCGUGAAAUGUGCCUCCUUCAAAAAGUUCAAUUUCUAGGAGAUACAGCGACUUGGACGCUCGCCAAAAGCGCGAUCUCAAGGUCACUUUCACGGUUCUCGCCAUCAUCGCCUGCUAUUUCCUGACUCAUGUUGGUUCAGAAGAAAGCUUUCAGAAGUUGAGAAUAUCACACAGGUUCCGUCGACGCUGCCCUUCAUCCUCGAAGUGUUCGACUUGUCUCCCGACUGGGCCAAGCUUUACCUCAGCCCGUUCGGCUCUUCCUGGCUCAUCACCGGAAAGGUAAUUUGUAGUUGAAGCUUUGAGAUAAGAGAAAAAAAGAGCUUGAUUUGAAAAUUCAUAAAAAUGGGAAAAAAAACCGAAAAAUCGAAAAAUGGCCAAGCGUUUUCUAUAAAGAGCAACUUUUCCGCAAAUUAGGCUUUUAAUAAAAUUUUUUUCUCUCCGACUUUUAUUGAUUUUCCUCUGAAGAACUUCUGUACGUUUUCAAAUACACCGUUCGACACGCAAUCAGGAGGGUUAAAAUGACACUUUUUUUCUCAAAUCUCUAGAGUAUCAAAAACGUUUUAUACACUGCAAUGAGAAGCUUCGGAAAAUCCAGAAAAAAAAUAAUUUAUAAAAAUUGAACAAUAAACUUUUGAAAAAAUCUCAAAAUUAUCAAUCAUUCCAUCGGAUUGCAGGUGGCAAACUUUGUCCUUUUCUGCAUGUCUUCUGUCUAUUUCCGCCGCCGGCUCAUCGUCCUUCUACGUGGAAGGGUAAUCUUUCUUUUUCCCGUUUCAGUGCUUCCGCAAAAAAAGUUAUAAUAAAUCCCUUACUCAUCGGACUUUUUUUAUUUUUUGCUCUUCGUUAAUCGAGAAAUUCGAGUUUUUGUGUGCCCAGUCGUAGUUUAAUGAGGCGCUUACGUCGGUUACUUUUUUUUAAAAGAAAAAAAAGCGAACUACGUAAUGAUCCGGUUGUGAAAUUUUUUUCAAGUGAGUUGAUAUGUCAAAAUUUAUAGCUAUCAUGUAGAAUAUUUGAUUAACUCUAAAAUUCAGUAGCUCAAUUCAAAUUCAUUUGAGAUUUUGAACUUUUUCUACAAAAAACUUCAAACUAAGUUUUAAAAAGUACUCAUGAAUAAACUUCAGUUCCAAAUCUUCGAAUGGAACUGCUUCUCGGCGAAGAAGAAGUACUCGGGCGUCUCGAGCGCACAGUCGAUCAAAAGCCAGGCCUACCGACUGCAGAGGUGAGCCGACAAGGUCCAGGGCGUUCUUUCCUUUCUCUUUCUCUAAAAGGCGAGUCAACAUCAGCUCCUCAAGCUUCUGAAAAGACAUUCCAGAGUUUUAACGGUCUACUAAUGUUUCAGGAUGAUUAAAGAGGGUUGGAAAUGAUUCUCUCGGUUUCAGCGUGACUGAAGAAACUAGAAAGUCUUAUACAAGCCAGGAAAGAAAAAUAUAUAGACACUUUAUGGACACAAUUCUAUACCUCAAUUGUAUGUUAAUAGUCGGGAAAAUGAACAUACAACUUGAAAACGACGAUUCUGGAAUUUUCCCAGAAAAUAUAACUUCGAAAUUUUCUGUAAGUUGCGACUUUAGAGGUCUUUAUCCAGUAUUUCAAAAAGCAUUAAGGAAUUAGUAAAGAACUUUAUAGUUUUAAAUGAAAAUGACCUCUUUCAUAAGACUUGCUGAUCAAAUCUAAGCCUUGACUCGCCUGCUCUCUUUUCCACACAACGACGCUCCACUCACUACACUUAGAUUUGCAGGUACCGCGAACGCGAGGACGCGCAGCGGCAGAGCAGCUGCCUCACCCACGUCGAAUGA